UUUUCAGAACCCAAUUAAGCUCCCAAUCGGAAGGGUGACAGGCAUUUAAUCGAUACCUUCGCGUAUCUAAAUUCGUUCAAGAUAGCGAGCAGAAGAUUGAAAACCGUCGUAUCCAACCCUUUCAAAAUCCUGGACACGAUCAGUGAGCACACGGAACCGUCACCGGUGCCAUCAACGACCAUGGACCAAGUUGACCUUGAGGCACACUCUCCGACGCAUAAAUUGCGCAGAGGAAAACACGCGGCUUCGUACUGGCCACCCUGGGCCUCAAGAGUACCAGCCGACGGAACCGGUGCCAGUGACUCCUACUGGAAGGCCAAUCCUCGACCAACGCAUACCGUUCCGCAUGGUCACGAGCAGAGGAGGCAAGACUACGGGGCUACGGAACCUGUGACGGGCUGCUACUCGGCUUCGAACACCUAUAGACCGAGACAUCGAACUCAAACCCCCGUACCGUCGAAGCUACCGCACGUCGCCACUUCGGAUCAAACUUACAGGGUGUCUCAGCACAGCUCGCGAACAGCCCGGAACAAAUUGUUGACCACGAACAACGUUGCCGUGGUCCGAAAACCGUGCUACAAGGAUGAACCCGAGGAGUACGAGGAGACGAAGUACGGCGAAACAGGCCUAAAUUAUGCCGAGGAGAAUGCCGACGAAGAUGGUGCCGACGAAGUCGACGAGGAUCAGGAAGAGGCCUUUGAGUUCAACGAAAAGGACUACGAAGAGCAGGAAGCUGACGACGAGGUUGACGAUGAAUCGGACGCGUUUCAGGCCCAAUUACAUCGCGUGCAACAGAAAGUUGUGCAGAAAACGCCGACUCACAGGACGCAGCAUCAACGUCACACGGAGCAUCAGCGCGAUUUUCGGAAAACUCAGCAUCAGCAAAGUCCGGUUCAAAAAAUGUACCCCGAUCAAAAACAGUCGAGGUUUUACUCUCGUGGCUUGGAACCGCAACCGCCGAUUAUUCCUAACGACACGUCGUACGGCGAUGCUGCGGACACAAUAACCGACGAAGAUCGUACGCCGCCAUUGACGCCUACGAGGAGAUCUUCGUCGCGAAGGACGUCGGAGACUCAUCACGGCAUCCCGCCAUGGAUUUCGGCGAGAAAAUCCCAGGAACGAAAUCGUGACCGAGUAGCCGCACCUCUGGUUCCAGCGCAGCAUCAGCAUCGUCAGCACCAGCAACAUCAGCAGAUCCGAAGACACAGAAUAGCUAAGCCGGAAAUUGAGUCUCUGAUGAUGCCAGCGCAGCCGUCAAAUCCCACGACGAGAAAAUGCUUCAUUUGUAGAGGAUCGACGGCUCCCAUUACCGCUAAAGUCGGUUCGUCCACGAAAGGACACUGCAGACUUCAAGAGUACAGAGCGUUCACCGUUAAAGGACCACGAGGUGAGGACGGCGAGGCCGAAGAGCAGAUAGUGUGUCCUCAUUGUGCAAGGAGGUACAAUUUGCUGGACGAUUUUCGGACAGGAUGCGAACCGGCUACUCACGAGGCUUCACCACCAUCUUACACGAGCAGACCUCAUCGCUCCCAAACUCAUCGACCAUCGGCGUACAACGACUACCCCGAGAACAAUUUGACCGCCGAUGAAAUGCUGGCUCCGUACACUUCGGGUCAACGGCGAGCCAGCAACACGGACUGUCCUGUUCCGCAUAGGGAGAGGACCCGCCACUCGAUGCAAUCGGCCAGGAGUCCUUUUCGCGGUGAAAGUUAUUACGAACGAUGAUUAAACGAGGGAGUCACCGGCUUCAGUUUCGCCGAUAUGUAAGCAGUGCGAGACAUGGUGGAUGGUUGGAAA